CGAAUGGAUUAUUAUUCAAGUCACACACUCCACAGAAGGAGGACAAAGCUUCGCUUAUUUUGCCCACUAACCUUAAACACUCGCAAAAUGGCUUUCAAGAUGGUUGCACUCGUCGCCUGCUGCCUGGCAGCCGUGUCCGCUGGAAUCAUUCCACUGGAGCAGCACGAGCAGCAGCAGCAGCAUGUCCUCUAUCAGGCCCAGCCCCAGUACCAGCACCAGACACAGCCCCAGCAUGUGCUCUACCAGAAGGCACAUGAUGUCCAUGCCCACGGACACGAGGUGUACCCGGAUGAUCCCCAUCCCAAGUAUAACUUCGCCUACGAUGUGCAGGAUGCCCUCUCCGGAGAUUCCAAGAGCCAGUCGGAGUCCCGCGAUGGAGAUGUGGUCCAGGGCGAGUACUCGCUCAACGAUGCUGAUGGUUUCCGUCGCACUGUGAAGUACACCGCCGACUCUGUCAACGGAUUCAAUGCCGUCGUCCAUCGCGAGCCCCUGGCCCAGGUGCACCACAAGGUGGUGGCUGCUCCGGCUGCUGUCCAGUAUCACCACGCCCCGACUGCUGUGAUCAAGACACCCGUGUCUUAUGCUGCUCCGGCACCCACCUAUGUGGCACCCACCUAUGCUGCUCCAGCGUACACCGCUCCUGCCUACACUGCUCCCGCCUACACCUCUCAUUAUGAGCACCAGCAGCAGCAGCAGGAGCAGGAGCACCAGCAUCACUAUGCCACCUACGAGACUCCAGCACCCGCCCAUGCUGCCCACGACUCCCAUGAGUACUACCAUCAUCAGUAAGGGGAUAUCUUCCAUCUAGAGAACUGACAAGCGAAAGUAUUAACCAUCUUGCAUAUCCAUUCCA